UUUGGCAGUAGUCCGAGGUCGCGGUGGAGAACGGGAUCAUACAUGAAUCUAUGCCGUCGUCGCCUAGAACGGGGAAGCUUCAACUUCUUGGGCGCUUACAAGCUCAAGUGCUUUUCGCAAUAUGCAACUCGGGCAAUUCUCAUCUACUGCUUCGUUUCCUCCAUCCAUGGCCUGCUGCAGCCCUGCGAGGGACCGUGGGAUGGAAAGCGGAAUACGCGCCUCGAUCCAACCACUCACCAUGCUCAUAUGCUACGCGACCAGCCAUAUGUAACCGCUCAGCAACCUGCCCCUAUCCGUCAAGCCACCACUUGGUCGUCAUCGAGAUUGCUGCAAACUGUUGGAUACAGAGUAAUAUACAAGCCUGAGUCGAGAGGCCUAGACAAUGACUACAAUACAAAUGCGACUACUCAUCACUAUCCACUACAACAAUCAUACACAGCCAAAGUUGAAAUAACAAAGCGACGCCAGCCAAUGCAAUCUUCCCUCCUUUGUACGCCAUCUUCUCUUUACUAUAUCGCACACUAUCUUGUACAUGCAGCGGGAAGGGGGGAAUCCAACACUCCUAUCAAAACACGAGGGCCGCCUUUCUUCUAAACAAUAAUUCACUUGCCUGGCCCUUUACCCUGAUCCAGAACCUUUCUUGGGCUCGUCAUCAUCCUUUUUUUCGCUCCGAUCUUUGCUGUGUUGUCCAGUGAUGUUGUGCCAUGCGUUUUUCAGGAAUCCCUCGUUUUUGUGGUCGUCUGCCUCCUUCUUCUCGGCAUCCGCGUUCUUUGUCUUGUCAGGUAGUAUCAUCCUCUUUGCAGUCUUGUCGUUCAUCUCAUCUGCUAGCAUCUCCAAGAUUGUGCGCUGGUUCUGGCUCAGAUACUUGGGCAUGUUGACCUUGAACUCCACCCGUAGGUCGCCCUUCACUGGGCGGCGGCUGCCCAGCUUCUUCAUGCCCAUGCCAGACAAGGUCACGCGAUCGCCCGAGUUGGAGCCGGUGGGGACCUUGACUCGAGUUUCCCCCUCGAGAGUUGGGAUCUUGAUCUCACCGCCCAACACCGCUGUAGUUAUAGGUAUGGUGGCUGUGUGGAGAAUGUCGGAACCUGUGCGUUUGAAGUUGGGGUUGGACGCUACACGAAUGACAUCCAUGAAAGAGACAUUGGUCUGUAUCUCAAUGUUCUCGCCCACCAUGAUCUGUUCUUCGAACGGGUUCCUGCUUCUGCCUCCCCCUCUUCUUCCACCGCCUCCUCCAAAUGCACUGAAAAGAUCUUCGAUGUUGAUAUCCUGUCCAAAGCCUCCCUGGAAACCGCCCUGCCCCCCACCAAAUCCGCCGAAACCCCCAAAGCCGCCGCCGAAUGGAUUGCCUCCGCCUUGACCAGCGCCCGCACCAGGAUUGAAGCCGCCAUUGGAAUCGAAUGCAGCAGAUCCAUACGAGUCGUAUGCUUUUCGCUUUUCUGCAUCGGAAAGUAAAUCGUAUGCGGUCUGGGCAGCGGCGAAUUGGUCCUUCGCGGAAGGAUCUUUGUUGGUGUCAGGGUGGUACUUCUUCGCAAGGCCAUAGUAGGCUUUCUUGAUAUCGGCGGCUGAUGCGGAUUUGUUAACCCCCAGCGUGGCAUAAGGGUCUUUGAUAGCGUGGGAGGGUGAUGUCGCAU